GCGGCAUUUGUCUUAGCCCCUAAAAGCAGAAAAAUGGUGUUGACCUCUGCAUCCAAUAGAUGGAGGCAAUUCAAGAGUGACCUAACAAGAAAAUAUAUUAUGCCAUUUAAAGAUGAGGCUGAAGCCUUAAAAAACCCACCAGAAGACUAUGGUUUCAUUAAGCAACAACAUUGGAAGCAAUUUGUAAAUGGCCGUUUAACCAAAGAAUUUCAGUUCAUUUGCCAAUUAAAAGUGUCCAAUGGCUUUGGAAGGAAACGGUCCACGCCACACCCCUCGCAGUGCAUGAUAGUAACUCUGUGUGCUUGAUUUAUAAAAUGACUUACUUUCUGGUCAUAUAUAUACCACAUAAAGCGAGAUUCUGGUCAAAUGCAUACUGCAUGAUACUAAACACAAUACAGAUGGACCUCCUUUUGGAAUAUUUGUUGUUUAUGCGCAGUAUGUAUUUGGCAAUUUAUUGUAAUUUUUGAGAGUUAGACUUUCAGAUUGCUGCUUUCUUAAACGACCAGAAUGUAAGUGUUGAAUUGCUCUAAAAUUACAUAGUUUAGCAGACCCUUAAACCAACUGUUAUAUGUCCAAGUUAAUUAUCAUGUAAAUGUCACCAUUCUGGAAGUUCUAUUUUGCAAACUGCUUUCUGAUUUAUGUUCAGUUGACUGCUUGAAUACCUGCACUUCUAACUUGUUCUUUUCUAGCCAGAUAAAUUUCAAAAAAAAAAAAAAAAAAAAAAAGAGAGAAGGAAAAGAGUUCUGGAAGAAAUGAAAAGUAUGGGUUGGGUUUAGUUUUCAUUGCAUGGAGUGCUGUUAAUUGCUUAUUUGAGGAUAUUCUCAUUUAUGUUAUAUAAUCUGGUAGAUGAACUAUAAUUCUCAGAAUUCAUAGUGGUUAAAAUUGAAUUAAUCAAGGUAUGUAUAUCAUCCCAUUUUAUACCUAUUGUAGAAAGGUUAAGUACCUUUGUGGUCACUGGGUUCUUCACGAAAAUUGAAUUUGGCCACUGAGAAAUGUUUUUAGCCAAAUUAGUCCCUGUGUUUCCCAAAGUUUACAAUUUAUAGACAUUUCUUUAUCUUCUUCCCAUGAUUUCCCCCAAUUUGUUAAACCCUAAUAUACCCCAAUUUGUUGAGUUAGAGGAAGAAGACUGAAGUUGCCUCCUAAAAAAAUAAAAAUAAAAACUGCACUGAACUGAAGAUAACAAAAUGUCUAUAAAUUGUGAACUUUGGAAAACACGGUGGCCAAUUUGGCUAAAUUUUUUACUCAGUGAUCAAAUUGAAUUUUCAUGUAAAACCCAGUGACCAAAAAAGUAUUUAACCCUUGUAGAAACUCCAUAAAAUGACCAGAAACUCCAUAAAGGCAUGCUUGAUUUAUAAAAUGACUUACUUUCUGUAAAUUUUAUACCUAUUGUAGAUACUCCAUAAUGAACAGAAAGAGAGAAGGGCAAAGUUUCAGCAACCCCAUAGAAUGUCACAAAAAGGAUAUGUGGGUUUGGAGGCAGAAUCAAGGAAAACUAUGCCUGAGGAUGAACUUGAUGGGUCUCUACUUUGCAAGAAAGCAUGUAAGGAUAGAAAAGGGCAGGCUGCAAAAAUUGACCUUUUGACGAAAGAACAUUCUGAACAUUCUGACCAUUCUGAACAUGCAGAACAUUCUGAACAUGCAAAGUAUGCUGAACGUGGAGAACAUUCUGAGCACACAGAACAGUCUGAACAUGCAGAACCUUCCGAACAUGCAGAACAUUCUGAGCAUUUAGAACAUCCAAAACAUUCUGAGCAUCCAGAACAUUCUGAACAUUCUGAACAUUCUGAACAUUUUGAUGUCAGUCUCUUGUCUAAAAAUAAUGAUGUCCUGACAAUGGCUUUGGGAGCUCCUGAAGAUUCUGGUAGGGUUAGAGGUGUGGGAGGCUUUUUCAAGCCAAAUGUUCCACAGGCUCAGUUUGAUAGGGAAUAUAUUCUGGAUGAGGUCAGGAAGAUGAUUGAGCAGCAGCGGGCCUGGUAUGAAGCAAAGAUUGUUGAGUUAGAGGCAAAGAUCAAUGGUAAUAUCCGGACCACACCUAUCUCACUUUCAACUCCAGUUCCCAACCGUUCCGAGAAGGCAAGCUGUUCUGGGAAGAAAAAAAAUGUCUUGGAGGAUUAUGCAAUUAAUUUUGAGGAAUUGACAGUUGUGGGUAAAAGAGACACCAUCAAGAAACGUCGAAAGACUGCAGCCAAACCUCAAGAUUUACCAAAACAAGACGUGAACCUGCCCAAGUCCCUCAAGCUCCUAUAUCGUUAUGCAGAGCAUGCCAUGCUGGAUGGCAAAACUAUCAGUAUUGAUAUGGAGGAAGCAGUAUUUGGUGUUGCCAAGACUGUAUACAUUUCCCAAGAAGAUGUAAUGCAGUUUAUGGAAAUGAAGGAAAUCUCAGCCACAUGCAUAAUUGUUUACAUGAGGCACCUCUACGGUAAGCUAAACCAAUCAAACAUGGUUGAUAUGGUUGGUUUGACUGACCCUUCAAGCAUCUCAGGUGGGGCAGGCGAUUCCGACCAAAAAUCACGAGUGAUAGCAGCCCGGUUACAGAAAGGGUCUGCUGACCAAAUACUCUUGGUUCCUUACAAUUCAGGUUAUCAUUGGAUGUUGACCAUCAUCAGUGAAGACAAAGAUGUGUGCUACUUCAUGGACCCUCUUCAGCGAUAUUUCAUGGACUCUCUUCGGCGGAGCAUGCGUGAGGAAGAAUGGAAAUAUGUUGUAAACAAUGGGAUUAGACAGUUCAACAUCCAAACAGGCAGGGGAGUCCGAAAGCCACCCGUAUGGAAAGUACUAACGGGUCCUAAACAACCAUCGAAUAUGGAGUGUGGGUAUUAUGUGAUGAGAUACAUGAAAGAAAUCGUAGAAGAUGAAUACCUUUCCUUUGCAGAAAAGUGGAAUGGGAAGACGUUAAAUGCCUACACACAGACUGAACUUGAUGAGGUACGGUGCGAGUGGACAGAUAUCAUCAGUGACCAUAUGUAGGUGUUUGCUCAUAGCUACCAGCUGGAAAUUAUAUAUCUGCAAGAGUUCGUGCGAUAGAUUUUUUAUAUAUUCUCUUUCAAUGAUAGUUCAAUUAAUUUGUCUAGGGUUAGGGAGUAACUCCUUAAAUUUACUGUUCUUUCAAGUAUUUGGAUAUGUAAACCCCUCUUACUAUCAAUGGCAAUUUAGUACUUCUCUAGGGGUAGACAAAUUGUACCAAAUUGAUGGGAUGUAGUAAUGUUAUGUUGAUGAUGGAAAUUCUGAGUCUGGUGGUAUUAUUGAAAAAACGCAGGAAGAUAAAUGCAA